CAAAGUUCAAUAUUUAUCCGGAUCCUGAGAAACAAACAAACAUAUUAAAAAAAGAAAGAAACGAAGGCAGUUGAAAACAAAAGAAUGAUGGGCUAAUUCUUAUGUGCAGCGCAUGGUUCUGAAAUACCAACCUUUCCCCUCUUUAUCACUUCACUUACAUAUACAUAUCCUCUUUUAUCAAAAAAAGGUGAAUCUUGAUUUCAUCCAACUCUUCCUGCAAACAUGCCUUAAUUAAUUAUCUCAUUUCAUCUAUGGCUUCUUCUAUUGAAUUCGAUAGAUUCAACCUUAUUCCACUCUCCCUCACCCCCAUCUGCAAUUGCCACUCUCAUCACCUUCCUUGUACAUCUUCUCAAUUUCAUCAUUCUUCGACAAGAACCUUAACUUUGACCCGACUCAGAUGUUCAAUUUCAAGAAUUGGCUUCUUUGUUGAUGGGCCUAGAGUUAGAGAUAUUUCGGGUUUACCCAAAUCCGUUUUCUUGAAACACCCUCGAAUUAUCACCGCUGUUGCUCGUGCUGAACCGGGCCGCCUUUUCGACGAUGAAUCUAAAGAGGAAGUUAACAAAUGCAGCAGUACAACAGCAGGGGAAAUUCCCACUUCUGAACUUAAGCAGAAAAAUAGUCAAUUGAAGAAAAGGGUAGUCUUUGGACUUGGUAUAGGUAUUUCAGCCGGAGGUGUGGUAUUGGCUGGAGGAUGGUUUUUCACUGUUGCCCUUGCUGCUGCUGUUUAUGUGGGUGCACGAGAGUACUUUGAACUGGUUAGGAGUCGUGGAAUUGCUGAUGGAAUGACUCCUCCACCCAGAUACGUAUCAAGAGUUUGCUCUGUCAUCUGUGCUCUCAUGCCUGUACUCACACUAUAUUUAGGUCAGAUUGAUGUUUCUGUUACCUCCGCGGCCUUUGUUGUUGCAAUGGCACUGCUGAUGCAAAGGCGACUUCCUCGGUUUGCUCAACUUACUAGUGCCAUGUUUGGGCUCUUCUAUUGUGGCUAUCUCCCUUGUUUUUGGGUUAAGUUGAGAUGUGGUUUGGCGGUACCAGCUCUUAAUACAAGACUGGGAGCAUCAUGGCCUAUCAUUUUUGGAGGCCCAACUCAGUGGACCGUGGGGCUUGUGGCAACCUUAAUUUCAAUCAGUAGUAUCAUUGCAGCAGAUACAUUUUCUUUUAUUGGAGGCAAGGCUUUUGGUCGGACGCCGCUUACUGACAUUAGCCCAAAGAAAACUUGGGAGGGAGCUCUUGUAGGUUUAGGAGGUUGUAUAGCCACUUCUGUGGUGUUAUCAAAAACAUUCUGUUGGCCUACAUCCACAUUAAGUGCUGUAGCUUUUGGAUUUCUGAACUUUUUUGGAUCUCUCUUUGGUGAUCUCACCGAGUCGAUGAUCAAACGUGAUGCGGGUGUGAAGGACUCAGGAUCUCUCAUUCCUGGACACGGAGGAAUACUGGACAGGGUGGAUAGCUACAUAUUUACAGGUGCAUUAGCAUACUCCUUCGUGAAAAUGUUGUUACCACUUUAUGGAGUUUGAUGAACCCUGUGAGGAUUCCAUGCGAAGGAAAAAGAUACUUAGGAGCAAUCACAAGGUGACAUGCUCAGUACUUUAGAGCAAACAUACGACAUAUGAGGGUCGAUUGAAGGUCAGUUAAGUUCAACAAGAAAAGAUUCUGGUUGCAUUGCAACUCCUCAAGAUACUACUGAUUCAUAUAAUAACCAAUUCCUAGAUCAAGGAACUGACGUUUAUAGUAGUUUCAGCACUUUGAGAGUGUUGAGUAGCUCCCCGUUUUGAUUUAAGAAAUGUUGCAUCAGUUUGAUUCUCCAAGUGUAUAUUCGUUUCGUAUUCCAUAGAAAUGUCACAAUAAUUAUUAGGCUUAUAUCUUUGCUUUAUUCAAUCUUUUCUUUGUUGAUACAAUUACAAUUUACCGGUGUUGUGGCAUCUUAAUAAUGGAAAUGGCAAGAUUUAACAUA